GAUUUCAGAGAUGUGGAAAAGUGGUAGAUGUGUACGUACCAAAGAAGCGCGACAAGUGGGGGAAGAGAUUUGGAUUUCUGCGUAUGGUAGGUGUGCAGAACGAGAAGCAGAUGGUGAGAAGACUGAAUGAUAUCUGGUUGGGUUCAUACAAGUUGCAAGUGAAGAUAGCAGAGGAAAGAAGUAACGCAAGAGCAAAAGCUGAAGUUAUGGGAGACAGAAAACAGCAUAGGGAUGAUAGGUUGGUACAGCCAGGAAAAUCAUAUGCCCAGGUGGUAAAGGGGAAGACACAGAGUUUACAACGCUUGCCGGAUGAUAUAGGAUCGCUGGAAGGGGAAGACAGGGGCAUCAACCAAAUGGAAAAGGAACCAACUCAAGCGAGGCAAAGGAACAGGAAGGAGGAAGUGGCAUCCUGUGAUAUACUAGAUGGCAAAAAUUGUAUGAUGGAGAAUAGAAUGGUGAAUCCUCACGAGGAAAUCAUGAAAUUCACACCAGAGCAGGAAGAGAACCAGUGGCUUGAAGGGGGUUUUGUGGCGGUUGUGAAAUCACUAACACUAGUAAAAGAAGUGCAACAGAGAAUUGAUGUGGAUGGAGGUUUAAUCAAGAUCUCACCAUUAGGGGGAAGGAGGGUGUUACUAACUGAACAUGAACCGGGAUAUAUUCUUGAAUUUAUGAACCACAACAAGGAACUAAUUGCUUUGUGGUUUGAAGACAUUCAAUCAUGGGAGAAGCAAGUUCAGGAUCGAAGCAAAAUGGCAUGGCUACGUAUUACCGGUAUCCCCUUGAAGGCCUGGAGUGAUAGAUGCUUUAAGAUGAUUGGAGAAUCAGUGGGAGAGGUGGUGAAGAUUCAUGAAGAUACAUCAACGAGAUCAAUUUUAUGUGAUGGGAGAAUUUUAGUCAUUUGUCAUACAGAGCAUAAGAUAUCUAAACGGAUUGCAUUGAAAGUAGAAGAAAAAUGGUAUGAGAUACAGGUGACUAAGGAAGAAUGGCGCUCUGACCCAGACUGGUGGCUGUCGGACGGUGACCGGCGGAGUGUAUUAGUAUCGGAAUCGGAGUUUUCUUCAGAGCAGAGUAAUGAGGAAGAUCAGGACUGGAUCAACCUCGAAGGAUGUGACGAAGAAGACGGUAGCAUUGAUGAGGAGCAAUUAAUGAAGGAAAGCCUCUGCAAUGCAAAUUCAAAAUUCAAAAAUACAGAGGAAGAAAUGGAAAGUUUAGAUACAGAGGAAAAAAAAGAUGUCAGAAAAGAUGCAGUUAGUGGGCCGGCCAAGGAGUGUGGGUCAUCUAAGAGCAGUGGGCCGGAGGGAGAAAAAGAAAUUGGGCUGGGAAAUAAUAGUGACAUGGGAAGGGUUGAUAGACAAGGAGGCUUGACAAAAAUAGGAAAGAAAGGGCCCAAUGUGGCGGUUGAGGAGGGUUCUUCUAUGAACCGAGAUCUGGAAUCUAAGGAAGUAGGGGGCAAAUGACGGAGACACUUAGCGGAUUGCUACCCAAAAAAUGUUGUGGAGCUGCGGUCAACAAAGACGCAGGGGACAGAAUCGGGAACAAAGCAGAAACAGAGAAGGAGAGCAGAUUUUACACUGGGUGUAGCCAGCAAGAGAGAAAAGAAGAGAGGAAAUGACAAAUAAAAGGAAGUAGGGAAAAAAAAAGUAAGAAAAAGAAGAAGGAGACGGAAGGCAGAACAGAAAAGAAAGAGAGGAAGAAAGGAAAAGAAAGAGAGGAAGAAGAGAAAAUGAGGAAAAGGAAGAGAAAUGGUGAUAUAUAUAAGGCUUAUACGGACCGUUUUCGGUCCGUAUAAUCCUUAUUGGCGCGCCGCACCUAAAACUUUGAAUUUUUUCGGGAAAAUUUUUGGCGCAUUAAUAAUAUUCAGACCGAAAUCGGUCUGAAUAUAAAUGAAUUAGCGCAGAAUCAAAAAAUUCAAAUUUA